CCCCUGAUUAGAGAAGCACCUUUGAGCCAAUCUCAGAUUAUUUAAAAAAAGCUCGGUGCAAUUUGGUGUGGUUACAUUGCAAUUCUAACCAAUUGUUACGUUUUGAAGAACUUAGAAGUUGCAUUCUUUCAAACGGUGUAUUAAAUGUAGCCCUUAACUGAAUGUACUGUGUGUGUGUGUGUGUGUUUAUGGGGGGAAAAUUGAGGAAUUGAGCAAACAGUUAGCUGAAACGGCGCAGGACCGAUGGAGAGAGGAAACGAGACGUGAACGGGAAGCACUGUGAAUUACCUGAAGGGAAGCCUCGAAGACCCGGGAUGGAUCAAGCGAGUUUAACCGUUCACAAUGAGUUUAAUAAACGUCUGGUUGUUUCCUGGCUCUCAGAACACUGCUACCAGUGCCUGUUUCAGGAGCUGGGAAAUGUGCACCAAGGAAAAGGUGAAGGGCAUUUUGCAAAUUCAACAUUUAUUGUAGACUCCAAAUAUCCGCUCACAUUGCAGUUGAACAUUACGGACCCUGUGCAAGAGGUGUGCAGGGUGAGUGAAAGCUUUGGCGAGUUCGGACACUAUUCAUUAUGGGUGGUAAGGGCCAACCUCAGUGUUGGCAGUGAGCAGGUAAACUGCACAAUAAUCACUGACCAAGAGCCUAUCAACAGCAGCCUCCCCAUUUUAUAUGCAUUUCUUUUUUACAUUGGAUUGGCUAUACUGAUAUAUUUAGGAAGGCAUUUGCUCAGACUUCAGUUUGUUCAAAAUCUGCUGAACCGACUGAUAACUCGCAGAGAACCAGAAAGACUGAUUAAUUCCGAGGUGGGCACACCAAACAGGGCAGCAGACAGCACGAGCCAUGUCAAGCUGCUUUCUCAACAAAAUCCAGGGUCUCGCCGACUUCGCUCGCUGGACACGUUUAGAGGACUGGCUUUGGUGAUCAUGGUUUUUGUUAACUAUGGAGCUGGAAAGUACUGGUUCCUCGAGCAUGAAAGGUGGAAUGGAUUAACCCUGGCAGACUUGGUAUUUCCAUGGUUUGUUUUCAUCAUGGGAACCUCUAUCGCUUUGGCGUUGAGCUCAGCAUUGCGCAAUAAUUACUCUAGAUGGAAGCUGCUGGGCAAAGUGACAUGGAGAACAGUGGUCCUGGUACUCCUUGGGAUUAUUAUCAUUAACCCAAACUACUGCAAAGGGCCACUCUCCUGGGGUACCCUGCGAAUACCUGGUGUGCUCCAGAGACUGGGGCUCUCCUAUUUCGUGGUCAUUGUCAUGGAGCUUCAGUUUGGGAAAGGUUCACCUGAAAUGAUUGCCUUGGGAAAAUGGUGGUCUCCGUUCAGGGACAUCUUGAUCUAUUGGCCUCAGUGGAUAUUGAUUGUGCUGCUGGAGACUGUCUGGCUUUGCCUGACUUUCCUGUUCCCAGUACCUGAUUGCCCGAGGGGUUACCUUGGUCCUGGUGGGAUUGGACACUUUGGUCAGUUUGCUAACUGUACCGGUGGAGCAGCAGGCUACAUCGAUAGGAUCAUCCUUGGAGAGAGUCACAUUUAUCAGCAUCCAUCUUGCACAACACUUUAUCACACUACACUACCAUAUGACCCGGAGGGGCUGCUGGGGUUGAUCAAUUCCAUUGUGAUGGCUUUCCUGGGAUUACAGGCUGGGAAGAUUUUCCUUAUUUACAAAGGCCAGAAUAAACAGAUCACACUGAGAUUCUUCAUUUGGAGUUUAGUGCUGGGCACCAUUUCCGCCAUUCUUACUAAAUGUUCCAGAGAUGAAGGCUUCAUUCCAGUCAACAAGAACCUGUGGUCAAUCUCAUACAUUACGACCCUCAGCUGCUUUGCCUACUUUAUUCUUAUGAUAGUCUAUUUCCUGGUAGAUGUGAGGAAGUGGUGGUCUGGAGCACCGUUUUACUAUCCAGGAAUGAACUCCAUCCUGGUGUAUGUUGGACAUGAGGUGUUUGCCCACUACUUUCCUUUUAAGUUCGAGAUGCACAACCCCCAGUCUCACGGGGAACACCUGGCUCAGAACCUCUUCGCCACCUCAAUCUGGGUUCUCAUCGCUUACAUCCUGUACAGAAAAAAAAUAUUCUGGAAAAUCUGAUCAGAAACUAAGGAAGGCUGCAUUUUAAAAAAAUAUAUAAAUUUGCUCUUGAAUCCAGAGUAUAUUUUUCUAUAAAUGUGUGAAUAGAUUGCCAAAUGGACACCUUUGUCUUUUGCAAAAUUUCAUUUUCAUUUGCUGUUUUGAAGAAACCGAAUGGCCAGUACAGACCUGUUGUAACACAUUUCCUUACAAUGCUGAUUUGCUCACAAGUGGAGCUGGGACCAGCUUCCUCUAUUGCGCACACACAACCUCACCAGCUUGGGGUUGUAGGAUGGGUUGUGUAUUGUGCCAGUAAAUAACCUAACUUAGUGCAAGAAGGCUUGGUUAUGUGGGUUGUGAGCACAAAUGUGCAAUGCAGUCUUUAGCCAUAUGUUUGAGGUCAUGCUAUGGAAGCACUGACUGAUGAUCAUGUGCCCAUUAUAACCUAGUUGGGGUUUUAUAGAUUCCCCCUUUUUCCCCUUCCCCAAUACUGUGUUAUAAUGGGGCCUGCACUAUAGCUAGUUGAUAAGUCAGUGUUAACCGUCUGUGUGCCACAUUUCCUUUAACCUUUGCAGACAUGCUUUGCUGUUGCUUGAAUCAAAGAUGCUUGCGUACAGAAUUAUUCAGGAACACCAAAUGUUCUCAGUGGGUUGAUGAGCAUUAACUAACUUCCAAGUAUUUGGUGACCAACUUGAUUCGGAAUCCUUUAUAGCAUUGAUCAGGAAUCCAGAACUGUGAAGCCUACAGCAACCUUACUCCAUUAGAACAGGAGAGUUGAUUAGAGCUUCAGCCACUCAGCAUUUUCCUGCAGGGAUAACAUCACAGACAUUAACACAGAGAUGGACAAGCUUACAGUUAAACAACAGGUCUGCAAAAACCUGGUUUGCUAAAUUCAACUGUUUGGAAUUGCAGAAUCCCAAUUGGAGAAUAUACUGUGCUAUGUAUAAAUAUAUUAAACAUAGCAUAGUAUAUUCUACAUAGAAUAUAUACAAACUUCGGUACUUGUUCAAGGGGAGCAAUAAUCUAGAGCAAGGUGAGGACGCUGACUUAUUUCAAAGCCUGGUUGAAAUGAGAGCAGCAACAUAGAAAUCCUCUUGAGCACUUGUUUAAUCUGUACACAUUUCCUUGGCUGUUGACUGAUGUGGAAGGUCUAGACAGCUCUUGCUUGUAUCUUUCAGUUCAUGUUUUAAUUCUGACACAAAAAUUAUAAGGUAAUUUGUUUUAAAAAGUCCAGUUUUUUAUACCUAGGCAAGAAUAACGUAAAGGAAAUUUAAUUUAUUUAACCUUUACACAUAAAAGCUUAUAUAUUGUGCUUCAUGUCUCUUGAACUGUUUUUAACCAUUGCACUGUCAUUUGUUUUAGAUUUUCUCCUCCUCUGGCCCCCUCUCCCCUCAUCCUAUUUCAAUCUUAUUCUGAUAAGCACCUGUGAUUUUAAUUAUUGGUGUCAUCUCUAGUGAUCUAGGAAAUUGCUGCACUUGAUUUCAGUGUUGUUGCUUUCUUCUACCCAAAUGCCCGCAAUUGCAAAUAUGAGCAAGGCUUCACAUAAUGGUGGCAAUGGACAGGGGCAGAGAUCAGCUAACCAAAUGGCAAUUCAAUCUAAUCAAUGGUUUAAACUUUGUAGUGGUCUAGUCCUAUGGACCUGGCAUUUUUUAAUGAUCCAAGUUCAGUUUUCAGUGACUACACCUAAUGAAGGGAGAAAAUGUUAACAUUUAAGAAUGGUUUUAAUAUUGUAUUCUGUGUACUACUAUAUAAGACUGACCACACAGCUGGGAAAAUGCCAACUUAUACUUUGGCACUUGUUCUGGUGCAUUUUUUAGUGUCUUUUGGCAGUGAUUGCUCAACAGUAAGUAGUGUUUUUUCAUUGAAAUGUACUGGGUAUUGAAGCUUUCUUUCAGGUUUUAGAUACAUCAUGCCUGCAAAUGUAUGGUACAAAUGAACUCGGUGUUCUUGGAUAACUGCAGCUUCAAUGCUGAUCAGCGCCUCCUUCAAAAAUGUUCCUUGUUUUUACAUUUCUCCCUUGUUCUGCUCAAGAUCUUAGUAGUACAGUAGGAAUAUUAAAAUUGAAGACCUUUUUUUUCCUUUCUUCCUAUCCCAUCCUGCCAACAUAUUGCACCUCUAAAUGUAAUUCCUUGACAAUAAAAAGGCUUUUUUGUUGUAUAACAAUAAUUUGAGGUGAACUUAAUGACUGACAAUGGAUUUCAAUUUAGGAUUGAAUUUAAUAAAUGGUACAGUCUGGCAACUGCUGGAUGGAGAGAAAGUCCAGAAACAUACAAUGUGUUUCCUUGUGUCAGCUGUUCUCUACAGAAAGGUUGGUCUGUUUUUAGUAGACCACGUUCGAGACCAGUAACAACUGAGAUUUAAGACCGUCUUCCUGGUCAGGAUGGAGAAGAGGAAUGAUGUUAAAAGAAUAUAAAGACGAAGGGUGACGUGUGACUUUAAUUAAUUAUUCAAAUGCUCUGUAUACCCAGAAAUGAAUGUUUGUGAACUAGAGACCUGGGUUGAAUCCUGUUUAGGUUGAUGAAAUUAGUCUCUCCUUUGCUGGCUGUAAGGAUCCUAAUAAUAAUAAUAAUAAUAUUUGCAUUUGAUAUAGCACCUUCUUAUCACAUCGUUGAGACGUCUCAAAGCACAUCACAGAAUAUAUUGUAAAGUGUAGUGACUAUUUUGUGAGCGAAAUGCAGUAGCCAAUUGUGCACAACAAUGUGAAAUGUGUUUGACGUGCCUGAAUCCUCGGGAAAUGGAGAUGCCUGUCUGCAGCGAGCAGUGUUCUGAGGUUUGGAUAUAGUAAAUAAAUUGAACUUUGGUUGUGAAUGCCCGACAUAGGAGUGCUGCUAACUAUUUCUGGGGAGUAUGAAAAAUGAUCAAAUUUAGCUUGCAUUCGAUUAGCACAAAACAUACACCUCAAUGUUAAACUGUUUUCAUUUAUUUCAUAGCAUUCUUAGAUUUUAAAAUAAAUUAUGUUGGCCUGAUUCUUGGCUGCAGCCUUUCACUUCUACGAAGGGAAGCUUAAUCUUCGUUUUUAUUCAUUUGGAAAUAGAUAAAUAUAGAUUAUUUAUCUUCUGAUUUGUUUUAUCUGAGCAGGGAGUGGUUCUUAUUGUUGAGAACAUGUCUGUGAAGUGCAGAAUUAUUGUUUCCAUGUAUUGAUUAUAUAGAAUAUAAAUAUGGACCUCAGUUGCAGAGAAGGGAAUUGUCAAAGUAUCUCAACUGUAAUUGUAUAUUUCUUUAAUUAUUAUGUAAUUAUUUACAUGUAAAUAAAAUACAUUGGCUGAA